ACUCAAAUGAGUUGGAUGAGAAGUACGUUAACCCGACCACGGCUGAACAUGGGUUGCCUCAUAUAGGCAAUGCUAAGAAUUUGAUAGGGAAGAGGAAACUUACCAAGGAAAAGUCGAGCGUCUUCCAAUGUCAGAUUGGAUGGCUAAGACAUCUAUCGACCCGAGCCCUCGUACGGUUGCUUUCAGGGCAUAUUAUCGCGAAGUGCCAACAGCAGAAAGGCGGAUAUCCAAAGCCUCAUCGUCUGAUCCCGACUCCCUCCGGGCUUCUGAGCAACCACAGAGGGUCGUUAUCUCGUCGCCAUAUUUGGAAACGGAAUUGGUCAGGAUUACCAACAUGCCAAUGAGCGCUCUGCCUAUCCUCAUGAAGCCACCUUAUAAGGCGUUUGUACAAUAUUGGCCAGAAAUCAAAACUCGAUUGGCUAAGUUGAAGGCCGCGCUGCUGAAAUUGGAAGCUCAAGAGACUGCUGAGCCAGAAUCGAACCCAGCUAGCGAAAUGGAAAUAGACAACGCCACUGAUAGCGACCAUAGUGACAUUCUAGACAAAGAUGCAUCGUGGCUUCGUUGGAGAAUAUCGCAUCUUGAGGCCUUACACAAUUUCAUUGAAACGGAAUUAGGUCACCAGCUUAGGAUUCGAGCCCAGAUCAAAGACGGUACGGUCAAAUCGAUAGCUUAUAGUGACCUAUGGCAGCUAUUCGAGCCCGGCGACAUCUUAUACUCCGUGGAAAACGGGUUUGAGCAGCUUUACAAGGCUUAUUCAGUAUCGGGUGGUCAGAUACGGUUGAGAAACCGAACACCAUACGAAGCGGAGACGAUGAAAAGAAUGGCCGAGUCCCGACGUGACCGUAGAAUGCGGUAUCGCGGAUGGGACACAAGUGGCGGAAGCGACGUCGAUCAAAAUGUGAGUAAUAGUGAGGAUGAUUGGAAUACGUAUCCGCGAGGUGCUGCUAUUGGAAUUGGCACCUGGACAUCCCUCACUAUCGACUGCUUCAGUAUCGGUAUGGACAGCACACGCCUCGGGGCAAUCGACGGGUAUAAGCGAAUAGAAUGGUAUAUGGGCGAAAGGAAACUAAGCGAUCUCCCCGUGAUCCCAUUACGCUUCGUUCCGGACAAGGAUGCUAUAGUUAAAAGGCUCGAGGCACGUGGCCUAAGAUGUGCACAAUGUUACGGGCACAAGAAAUACGACGGAUUCGUUUACGACGCGAGAGGCCGUACCAGGAGAGAGCGACUCCAAGGUGAUGUGUUCGUGGAUUUCGCAGAAUACUACCGCAGGAAGAGGACUAUUGAGCCAAGGCUAGGUGUUCUUCAACGAACAUCGCCAGAUCUGACCGAGGUCGAAGAAGGAUCGGGCAGAAAAGUUGAUCGAUUCUCCAUGGAUCAUGAAAUCGACCAGCAGAAAAGUGACGUCUGCCUCGCUUCCUUUUUACUCGAGACGCUGCCGAAAAGCCGCGAAGAAGUGGUCCAGGAUCCGGAACAGCUAAGCUUGAUGCGUCAUAAUGUUAUCGCAUUUGCAUUCAGGACUCGCAAAUGGGUUCGACUCGAGAUUGAUUUCCUAGAAGACAUCGACAAAAGCGUUGAAGCUCGCAACAGCGGUUUCGAAGACCUAGUCAUCUUGCCGAAAUAUCGACGACUUCUCGUAUCUCUUGUCGAUAGCCACUCAUCUAGCGCCAACAGCGAGCGUAAGAACCUCAAGAAGGACAACAGGCCUCUGAAUCAGCUAGACCUGGUGCGUGGAAAGGGGCUAGGUUUGAUAGUAUUACUCCACGGCCCCCCUGGGACGGGAAAAACCAGCACGGCCGAGACUAUUGCUGCCUACACCGGCAGGCCGCUCUACUCGAUGACCUGUGGUGAUAUCGAGGACAAUGUCGAAGAAGUAUUAGAAAAGCAUACUAGCCGAGCUGAUAAAUGGGGAUGUGUGCUUCUCUUAGACGAAGCAGACGUUUUCCUCAUGAGACGUGAUUUCAAAAACACAGAGCGGAACUCACUUGUGUCAAUUUUCCUCCGAACCCUCGAGUACUACUCCGGGAUCCUCUUCCUAACCACCAACCGCGUCGGCGUGAUCGACGAAGCCUUCAAAUCCCGCAUCCACAUCGCGCUGCGAUACCCCAAAGUAAAGCUGCCGACCACCCUCGCGAUCUGGAAAGGGUGUCUGGACCGGAUCGAGAAAGACAACGAGUACCGGGACAUCCACAUAAGAUUCGACCGGGACGAGCUGCUCGAGUUCGCCGAAGGGCACUACCACAAGUACCACAAAAAGAACGCGACCUGGAACGGGCGACAGAUCCGGAACGCGUUCCAAACGGCCAUCGCGAUGGGGCAAUACGAGCGGAUGCGGAAGCUGAAGAAAAAGGGGAUAACGGAAGAAGAAGCGGUCGCCACGGGGAAGAGCAAAUGGCGGGUAAUCCAGCUGACGAAAGACAACCUGGAGACGAUCGCGGAGACGGCGCAGGAUUUCGACAAGUACAUGAAGUCGGUGCACAAGUACCCGGACGUGGAGAUCGCGAAGGCGGACCAGUUGCGGGACGACGACUUCAGCGAGUCGUCUGAGGAAGAGGAGGAGGAGUACGUGAUCCCGAUCCGGCAGAACACGUCGCGGAAGGAGGGGAGCAGGAAGAAUGCGGCGUCUGCGAAGAAGGCGGGGAAAUCCGUUGCUACGACGUCGAGUCGAGCUUCUCAGUCUAGUAAGCAAGCGAUGAAGAAGAAGGAGCGGAGCUCGUCUGGGAGUGACGUACCUGUCGAGGGAGCUAGUUCGGAGCAGGGGACGGAUGAUGAUAGUUCGGAGUAGAUAAGAUUAGACCUGCCGUCCGCUCGUUGAUAGAAUGAAUAUAUAUACCUUUGAUAUCAA